AUGCCCUCAAGUAACUUGCAAAACAACAAGACCGUUAGUAUCCUCAGAGACGCUGAGCGUGGAGGAUAUGGAGUGCUUGCAGCUAUCGUCUAUACUGUUGAGCACAUCGUCGCCAAGGUACGCGCUGCAGAGCGCAAACGAUCACCUUUGAUCAUUCAGGUGUUCCCGUGGGCUAUCACAGCCAGCGAUGGACUGCUCAUACGCGCUGCUGCGGAUGCUGCCAGUCGAGCCAGUGUGCCUAUAGCUAUCCACCUCGAUCACGCUCAGGACGAGGAGCUGAUACGUCAUGCCGCCGAUACACUACCCUUCGAUUCGAUUAUGGUCGACAUGUCACACUACGAAAAGGCAGAGAACCUCUCCAAGACAGCCGCAUUAGUUGAAUACUGCCAUGUUAGGGGUAUCGCUACUGAAGCCGAACCGGGUCGAAUCGAAGGUGGCGAAGAUGGUGUUGCAGAUACAGAAGACCUGGAAAGCAUGUUGACAACUCCGGAAGAAGUAGAAGAGUUUAUCCAGACAGGCGUCGACUUUCUUGCUCCUGCAUUUGGCAAUGUGCACGGCGAAUACGGCGCGAGAGGACCACAGCUGGACUUUGAACGCUUACAAAGUAUUCGAGGGUUUGCCAAUGAGAGAGAUGUGAGGGUUGUGCUACACGGCACGAAUGGAUUCACGAAAGACCUGAUGCGACAAUGCAUCGCCGCUGGUGUGUCCAAGAUCAACGUCAACAAAUUGACACUGGAGAGCUUCCAAAAACACCUGGAAUCGAACGCAUCGAAGCUGUCGCUUACAAAGUUGCUUGAGGAAGGUAUGACUGAGGUACAGCAAGCCACCGAGGAACAAAUGGAUAUCUGCAUGUCGUCAGGGAAAGCAUAG